GUACAAAACCCGCGGUUUUUUGUAAACAAACGUCGUAUAAGUGCUCCGUUGAUUGUGAUCAAUCAACAGUUUUUGUUUUAAAAAAACAAAAAUCAUUGGCUAUUAGUAUAUUCUUUAAAAUAACUAACUACUGGAACGUGUUAAAUUGGUAUCCCGUUCAUAUCAAACACUUAAAUAUGAGCUCUAGCGGACUUUUGACCACUGGCUGCAUUGCCGACAUUAUGCACGGCUCCGAACUCGACAAACCGGUUGUACAAAUACUCGGCUCUAAGCGAAUCGCCGGCGGAUCGGAACAAUCGGAGCGCUAUCGUUUGCUCAUAUCCGAUGGGCACAAUCUGUACAGCUUUGCCAUGUUGGCUACGCAGCUGAAUGACCUUCAUCAUAACGGACAGCUUUCAGAAUUUACCGUAAUCCGCAUCGAACGAUACAUCACAUCGAUGGUGAAUCGGAAUGAGCGGGGAGAGAAACGAGUUCUCAUCAUACUGGAGCUGACAGUCGUCAAGCCAGGUUCGUCAGUUGGUGGUAAGAUAGGCAAUCCACAGCCGCUGGCCGAGGGAGGUCAACCCACACAACAACCGUCUUCGGCACCAUCACGAACUGAAUCCACCGGAAGUGUUAGCAAUGGCUCAUCCUAUCAAAACCGAAAUUCCAGUAUGAUGAAUUCGAGUAUGGCAGGUGGGAGCGGAAAUAACGUUGAUUUCUCUCUGACCCAUCCGAUUAGUUCUUUGAGUCCUUAUCAGAACAAGUGGGUCAUUAAGGCACGCGUCAUGUCGAAAUCGGGCGUUCGCGUUUGGAGCAACGCCAAGGGUGAGGGGAAACUUUUCUCCAUAGAUCUGGUAGAUGAAUCUGGCGAAAUCAAGUGCACGGGUUUCAAGGACCAAUGCGAUAAAUUUUUUGACAUGAUCGAAGUUGACAAGGUGUAUUUUGUUUCAAAGUGCCAACUGAAACCGGCCAAUAAGAAAUUUUCUACCCUCAAGAACGAUUACGAAAUGCAUAUGACACACGAUACUAUCAUUCAAGAAUGUAAGGAUGCUGGUGGUUCAUUACCAGUGAUUCAUUACAAUUUUGUGCCGAUUUCCCAGAUUGGUAACAUGGAACCCAAUGCCAUAAUCGAUAUGAUCGGUGUUUGCAAAGAAGCCAGCGAAGUUGUUCAGUUUACAGCGAAAACAUCAGGCCGGGAUCUAAAAAAACGUGAAGUUACGGUAGUAGAUACGAGUAAUGCAGCCGUGUCACUUACUUUGUGGGGUGACGAUGCACAAAACUUCCCGGCCUCUACACACCCAGUGGUAUUGGUUAAAGGUGCCCGAGUAAACGAAUUUGGCGGUGGAAAAUCAAUCGGUCUUAUCGGUGGCAGCGUGAUGAAGUUGAAUCCGGACAUCGAAGCAGCACACAAAAUUCGUGGCUGGUAUGACAACGGAGGUUGCGACAAUGUAGUUAGUAGUGUUUCAACUAGAUCAGGAGCAGGUGCUAGCUUCACUACCGAAUGGAUGUCCUUCCAUGAGGCAAAGGAAAGAAACUUGGGACACGGAGACAAGCCAGAUUACUUCCAGGUCAAAGCUUUGGUUCACAAUAUUAAAUCUGGAAAUGCUGUAUACAAAGCAUGCCCACAGCCGGAGUGUAACAAAAAAGUAAUCGACCAAGAAAAUGGACAGUUUCGCUGCGAAAAAUGUAACGCUGAUUUUCCUAACUUCAAAUAUCGGCUGCUAGUCAAUAUGCUGGUUGGAGAUUGGACAUCCAAUCGCUGGAUGACUGUGUUUUCCGAUUUAGCCGAACAACUGCUUGGUAGAACUUCACAAGAAGUCGGCGAAGCUUUGGAUUACAACAAAGAGGAAGCAGAGCGAAUUUUCAAUUCAAUCAGCUUUAAAAGUUACGUAUUCAAGCUACGAACUAAGGUGGAAUUCUAUGCGGAUGCAGCUCGUAACAAAAUAACUGCUGUCUCAGCAACACCCCUCAAUCACAAAGAAUACAAUUCCUUUCUCAUCAAAAAUAUUCAGGACAUAACCGGAGUAGGAAAAAACUAAUAACUAUUUUUAUAAAUCCAUCAAAUGAUGGGUACUAUUCCCAGUAAUGAUUUUCGUAUUUAUUCGUUCCUACCGUGUAAUGAUGAAAACAAUUCUAAAUUCUAAAACAUUUAUAAAUCCGUGUUGAGUAUGAACCGAUUUCCCUCUGACUGUGCUCCUAUGUAUCGGUAACGGCACUUUCCGUAAGCCCCUCGAUGGUCUCCGGCUUCACGGAUGCUUUCCGGCAACGGGUUGUAUACCGGAGAUUCUUUUCGCCUAACGCCGAAGCGAUUACUCAGGUUAGUGUAGAAGAAACGAAGCGGAGAGGAGUUGCCACUGGAGCUGCUAUUAUCCAAACCAUCACUGCUGGUGCUGCCUGAAUCGUCAUCCUGCUGUUGGCGCUGCUGGUUACGAACAAAGUCCCUUUCCAUUUUCUUCACACGCUGCGCAUCCAAAAUUAUUAUUCGUGGCAGAUAGCGGAUUAUGUACAACCUACGAAUAUUUUGUUUUAUUUAAAUGAUAUACCUACAACACUUGUUUUAUUUGUUAAUGAAAUAUACGAUAAAUUAACUCACCUGUA